AUGAUUAAACCAAAAGGAAGACCAGCAUCCCAGUGUCAACACUGCAGAGAACAACGUAAACUCAAGGCUCAUCAUGUUGCUUGUACAUGUGGGAAGAAAGGAAAGUCCCCAGGUACUCAUUUAGCUUCUUGUCUUUGCCAUAAAAAUAGUCAUUGCACAUGUUCAAAUAAGAAUACUGUCAGUGACCCUCGCAAAAAGAAAGUUACCAAAUCAAAUAUGGCUACUUCUUCAUCUACUAUUUCACUUGAUUCAUUAAAAUCACCUGCUAGUGCUUCUUCCCUUCCUUUAACAGACACAGCCACUCAUAUAAAUGGUGCUGGCAGUGCCAAUCCUUUAGGUUCAAUUCCCGCUACAUCCGGGCACAUUAAUGGUAAUGCAGCUUUUUCACCGGGAACAUCCCAUUUGAAUAAUUCUGCAAAGUCUACCCCCUCUCCCCAUUCACAAUCCAAGAAAGAUAUCUCAAAAUCGUCAACCAUUUUGCAUACUUCCUUCAAUAAUGCUUCGAAGUCCAAAAAUUCGUCAUCUUCAAGCUUGAACGGGUAUAGCAAACAGAUAUUUCAGCAUCAACAGCAACAACUGCAGUUACCAUUGCUUGAUGGUCAACAGAAAGCUAAUCAAUAUGUUCAAAUUUCUAGUAAAUCAUCUGACCAGAAACAACGACAGUCUCAAGAUUUAAACUCGAAUACGAAUGCCAACAACUUGCCUAAUCUUGAAUCAAACUAUGUUAUUGAGGAUAUAGUUUUUCCCUUUGAUGUCUCAGCAAGUGGAGGUUUGUUUGAUAUGUUUAGUCCAUCAGAUUUGUCUCAGACUUCGUCUCAAUUAACUCUUAACGGACCAAAUGGGACAGGAAUUUCUAAUCCAAUUAAUGGAGGUUAUAACAUAUCUGCAUUGAAUGGUACGAGUAAUUUUACAGCUGCAAAUGGUGCUUUUACCUCCACAAAUAAUUCAUCUGGGAUUAAUAAUGGCCAAACUAGUAUCAAUGUUUAUGAUUCCGGUUCUAAUGGCCACAUCGAUAUGAAUACAAGCCCUAAUAUGAAUUCAGAUCAAAAGAAUCCACAAUCACCAUCUCUUGAUAAUAUUUUCCCAUUGUUUCCUUUGGUUGGCUCCUUUUCCCUUGAUGAAAAUAGUGAGUUUAAUGAUAACAAGAUGAACAAUACUAUGGUUCUGAAUAUGAAUAGUAAUAUUGCUACACAAUCAACCACUUCAUAUAACAAUUCUUCAGCCAAUAAUUCUGGUGUUUUAACUAGUCCAACGACGGGAGGAUCGUACACACCUGCAUCAAAUAUGAUGCACACUAAUGUUGUUGGUCAGCCUAAACCGGUUUAUGCUGCGGGUAACAAUAGUAGCCAUUAUCCACAAACCCAUAGACCAAGAAGACCUGAGAGUGUACUUUCUGUGACAUCAAAUUCUUCAACCGCCACAAACCAACUGGCUGCUUAUCCACCAUCUGGUGCUGGUGGACCACAUCAUCUGGGGAUAAACAGAAAUAAUUCAAUACUGUCAUUUGAUAGUCUUCCCUUACAGCAUCACCCAAAAACACAGAAGAAAGUUGUUCAUCACCAUGAAAUUCCUAUAAGGGAACUUAAUGAUGAUGUGAAUGUGAUAUUGAGCAGAUCUCAAUCCGUUGAGCCUGGAUACGGUACAACACUGCCACUUGCUCCUUCGGUUCCAUCUCUGACUGAUGUUGCAGCUCUGACGUUACUUAAUCAGUCACAAUUGGGAAUUAAUGGUUCCAAAAUCCCCGAUACUAGUGAUGUAUUGUUCAAUUAUGAGAAUGCUAUCAUGACGAACGGUGUUCACAAUGGGGUUGAUUUUAUGAAUGGAAAUAAUACGGAUAUGAUUACAAGCGGGUCAAGUACUGUAUACAAUGACCCUAAUGGUAAAUUACCCAAUGGAUCCAAAGUAUAUUCAUAUGAAGAUUAUGCACCUAUGUUGGAAGGGUUUAAUGAUUUAAUGUCGCCUAUUUUUGGUAGCAGUGAACCUACUGAAUUUAUAGGCUAG